UGGAUAUUGGAUGGACCUUGAAAAGUCGUGCGACUUUCAAGCCUGAUCUCGUGAUGAGUUGUAAUUCCAGUGAAGGGUCUUUAGAGAGCGAUCGGGAAGGGAAAAAAAGUUGCAAAGAAUCGAAGACGAAGGAGAAUAAUGAAUUGAUGGAAGUAGAUGGGUUCGAAUACAAAAAUGAGGUUUACAUUCUGGGUCGAUCUCGUCCACUUGAGGAUGACGAAGAGCUAGUUAUGGAUAAAAGUGCUUAUAGAAUGUUUUUCGAAUUAGAAGUGGAAUCUCCAAGUCUCAGUUUUGAUAUUCUAACAGAUAACCUUGGUUUUGAUCGCUGUGUUGAAGUUAAUGGUGAGGCUCACAGUGUUUGCCUCAUAUCGGGUACUGAGGCACCUAAAGAUAAUCAAAACAAACUUGUAAUCAUGCGUCUGUCCAAUAUGUUGCCGUUCAAAAGAAAGGAUUCUAAUGGAGACACGGAUUCUGAUUCAGAGGAAGAAAGUGAUUCUGAAGGAGAUCUUGAUGCGGAACCUGAUGUUGAGGCGGCUACUAUCCUACAUCAAGGUACAGUUAAUCGAGUCCGGGCCAGACAACAUAGGGGUCGAUACCUUGCUGCAUCCUGGUCAGAAAAUGGAUUGGUUAGCAUUUUGAGUUUUAAUGUUUUUAUUUAGCAUAAUAUUGCAGUACGGUGAUUCAGUAAAUAUACAACUAAGUUUACUCGUUCUCGUGUUGUCUCCUUAAAUAAAAAGCCAGUAAAAGCACAUACGUAGCUGUCAUUAUGCUUGAUAGAACUUAUUAGUAUAAUACAAUUGAUAUCAUUUAGU